UUCACAUAGUUCUUCAUGGGAAAAACACAGCUCAAUGUGAGAUCAGUAUAUUUCUUUGUUUUCAUGUUCUUGGUAAGCUUCAAAUCACUAGUUACCAAAGCACAACCACCCUUUUAUCUGGGAGAUGACUGUGAUUUCACCCCUCAAAAGCCUCUCAGCAAUGCAUACAAAACGAACAUUAACAACAUCCUCUCAUGGCUAUCUUCAGAUGCAGCCACAAGCAGAGGCUAUAACUACAAAAGCAUAGGAAACAACACCCCUGUGUAUGGCCUCUAUGACUGCCGUGGUGAUGUGGUUGGCUACUUCUGCCAAUUCUGUGUCUCCGCUGCUUCCAGAAGAGUCCUUCAGCACUGCCCUAACAGGGUCUCUGCUGUCAUGUACUAUAACUUCUGCCUUCUGAGGUACUCCAAUCAGAAUUUCAUUGGAAAUGUCACAAUAAACCAUCCAAGGCAUCAUGUUGGGAACAAAACUGUGUCUGAUGCAGAAGAGAUUCAAAAGGGUGAGGAUUUCAUGAGAAGUUUGAUCAGAAAAGCAACUGUGGAGACCAACAAGUUGUACUAUAUGGAUGGCUUCAAUUUGAGCUCCACUCAGAGAAGGUAUGGUCUGGUGCAGUGCACCAGAGACCUCACCAAUGAGAGUUGCAGACAGUGCUUGGAGGCAAUGCUAGCACAGGUUCCAAAAUGUUGUGAACAUAAUUUGGGGUGGCUUGUAGGAACUGCAAGUUGUCACAUAAAGUAUGAUGAUUAUAUGUUCUACCUUUUCAACAACCAAUCAUAUAUUGUGCCUGGUUUGACAGCUAAACAAGGGGAUCCUAGUAAGUCAAGAAACUUGAUCAUUGGGUUGAGUGUGGUAGGGUUGGUAGUUCUGUGUUUGAGCAUAUAUAGCUUAUGUUACUGGAAUAGAGUAAGAAAAGAUGGGCUGAUAACUGAUACUAUUCCUCUGUCUGCUUAUACAAAUUUGCCUAUAAUCCCAUUAAUCACAAUUCUUGAGAGUACUGAUAACUUCUCAGAAGCAUCUAAAUUAGGUGAAGGUGGAUUUGGCCCAGUUUACAAGGGAAUUCUACCCGAUGGAAGACAAGUUGCAGUCAAAAGGCUAUCAAAAGCUUCUAGUCAAGGCACAGAGGAGUUUAAGAAUGAAGUAACAUUUAUAGCCAAAUUGCAACAUUGCAACCUUGUAAGACUUGUGGCAUGCUGCUUGGAGGAAAAUGAAAAGAUACUUGUUUAUGAGUAUUUGUCAAAUGCAAGUCUUGACUUUCACCUAUUUGAUGAUGAAAAAAGGAAGCAACUUGAUUGGAAACUAAGGUCAAGCAUUAUUAAUGGAAUAGCAAGAGGUCUUUUAUACCUUCAUGAGGAUUCUAGACUCAAGGUAAUCCACAGAGAUCUCAAAGCUAGCAAUGUUCUGUUAGAUGAUGAAAUGAAUCCAAAGAUAUCAGAUUUUGGAUUAGCUAGAGCAUUUGAAAAUGGUCAGAACCAGGCAAAUACAAAGCGAGUAAUGGGCACUUAUGGAUACAUGGCUCCGGAGUAUGCUAUGGAAGGAUUGUUUUCGAUGAAAUCUGAUGUUUUCAGUUUUGGAGUACUUGUUCUAGAAAUCAUUUGUGGGAAAAAGAACAGUGGAUUUUUUCUAUCAGAUCAUGGUCAAAGUCUUCUUUUAUAUAGUUGGAGAAUGUGGUGCGCAGGAAAAUGUUUGGAAUUGAUGGAUCCAGUGUUAGAAAAUUCCUACAUAUCCAAUGAAGUUGAGAAGUUUAUACAGAUUGGUUUGUUGUGUGUUCAAGAAGCAGCAACAACUAGACCAACCAUGUCCACUGUCAUGGUAUUGUUGGCAACUGAUGUGAUGAACAUUCCCAAACCCAACAAACCUGCAUUCUCAGUUGGAAGAAUGACCUCAGUGGAAGCUUCUGCUUCAAAAUGUUCCAAAAGUAUUUCCAUUAAUGAUGCAUCAAUCUCUAGUAUUGCACCAAGGUAAAGGCAACCUUUGUUCAAGAUCAUUUGAAAGAAAAAUACUAAUAUGAAGUCAAGUACUUUAUCUAACUAUGAAGAUGGUGACAGAAAUGUACUGCUGCAUAUAACG